AUGGGCGACGACGACAAGUGCGACAAGGCGGCGUUGGCCGCGAGUCAGAAGCAAUUCGCCUUCAUCGGCAUUGCCGUAUCCACCAUCGCCACACUGACCGCAAUUAUCGCCGUGCCCAUGCUCUGUAUGCACAUGCACACUGUACAUUCGGGUAUUCAAGAAGAACUCGCCUUUUGCCGUUCAAAAACCACUGGACUGCAAGCCGAAUUCAACAAGUUAGAAGGUAUCCGCAGCCAAGCGCUCCGUGCAAAACGUCAAUAUCCUGAGCUAUGUUGUUCUUGCGGCAUCGGUGAAAACGGGCCUCCUGGACCUCCUGGUGAACCCGGAGAACCAGGUGAGGACGGCCACCCUGGAAAGCCAGGCCCUCCAGGUGCGGACGCGCCGAAACACAAUGCUAUUCCAAAACGAGAAGAUUAUUGCUUCGAUUGCCUGCCAUCAGCAGCUGGACCUCCAGGUGUCCCUGGACCGAUGGGACCACCAGGACCGCAAGGAAGCAUUGGAGAGGCUGGACCACCUGGACCUGCUGGUCAUCAAGGACCACCAGGACCACGAGGACCUCCCGGAAAGGAUGGCGAAGACGGUGAAGCUGGUCCACCUGGGCAACCCGGAACAGUCCGUAGUUUACCUUCACCCCAGGGAGAAGUGGGUGAGAUGGGUGAGGUAGGCCCACCAGGUCCCCCAGGUCCAGAUGGUCGUCCUGGUAUCAAUGGACGACCAGGACAACCAGGAGAGCAGGGAGAACCUGGAAUGGAUGCUCCAAAUGGUAAAGACGGUGAGCCUGGUCCACGCGGUCCACCAGGACAAGAUGGCUUGAAAGGCUCCUGUGAUCAUUGCGCUCCUCCACGUACUCCUCCUGGUUACUAA